AGCAUGCGCAGUGCGCCCCAAACUGAGAGACCGAGAGACGGGGCUUUAGCCUCUGCACCGUCUGCGACCACCGGGAGCAAAACCGGAAUAACCAGCGACCAGCAGCAAGAUUUACCGCCGAGAACCCACCGAUUCCCGCCGGACAUUCAGCGGGAGAGAGGGCGGCGGGAGAGCGGGGGUUGGCGGACCGGGAGCCUGCCUGUCUGUCCGCCUGCAGACGGUGAAACAAAGCGGGUAGAAGCUGCUGCUAGAGCCGCUUUCAAACGGCGAUUAAACACUGAGUCAUGGCUCAGGAUUCACUGCGGCUUCAAACCAGCUACGAUUCAACGACAAUCUGAUCGUGACGUUCAAUUUCACGCGCAGAUCCGGACUGAAAACAUGACGGUGUGAAGAUCCAGAUGUUGGCCUGCUGAUGAUGCUCCAUGUUCUGACACUGUCCUGAUGUCCUCACACGGUCUGUCCUCCACCUGACAGUCUGAACCCAGGGUCGUAACGACGACAGGAAACACAUGCUGGGACAUAAACAGGGUCUGAGGAGGACAUUCAAAGACAUAAAUAAAGCCAUUGGAGGACAUAGAGAAGACACUGAGGGACAGAACAGGACGUUAUAAGUUUGGAUGUGAAGACGACUGAGGGGACGACAUGACAUCCCUGAAGUGGACCUGUCUCCCUGUCUCGUCGGUCCCAGUCCUAGUCCUGCUCCAGGCCCUGGUCCUAACAGGCUCUGUGUCGGCGGCUCGCUCUGACAGGAACAUGGUGUCGGAGGAGUAUGUUGGCGCCACGGUGAACGCCACGGUGCUGGACGGACGAGGAAACACCGUCCACACUAUGAGCAGCGACGACGGGACGUAUGGACAGAACUCACCAAAAGUGGACACCAGGGGCAUCGUCAUUGCACCUGCACCACAUCAUGGAGUGGUGGACCGGCAGGGCUGCGACCCCAACACUCGUUUCCUGGUCCCCCCUCGGAAUGUCCACUGGGUGGCGCUGCUGCAGAGAGGGAACUGCACCUUUAAAGAGAAGAUCCUGAAGGCGGCAGCGUACAAUGCCACGGCUGUCCUCAUCUACAACAACUCCACUGACAAGACGGUCAAGAUGGGACACGAAGGUACUGGUGACACAGUGGCAGUGAUGAUCACGGAGGUGUAUGGUAAAGAGAUUCUGGCUCACCUGGAGAGAAACCUCACGGUCCUGGUCUCAUUGGUUGUGGGUCAACGUGGUCCCACUAAAAACAUCAACCGAGGCUCGCUGGUCUUCGUCUCCAUCUCCUUCAUCGUCCUCAUGAUCAUCUCGUCGGCCUGGCUCAUUUUCUACUUCAUCCAGAAGAUCCGCUACACCAGCGCCAGGGACCGCAGUCAGCGUCGUCUCGGUGACGCGGCGAAGAAAGCCAUCGGGAAGUUGACGACGAGGACAGUGAAGAAAGGGGACAAGGAAACGGAUCCGGACUUUAACCACUGUGCAGUGUGUAUUGAAGCGUACCAGCUGAAUGAUGUGGUCCGGAUUCUGCCCUGCAAACAUGUCUUCCAUAAAGUGUGUGUGGACCCAUGGCUGAAUGAGCACUGCACCUGCCCCAUGUGUAAACUCAACAUCCUCAAAGCUCUUGGCAUCAUGACCAGUCUUCCCUGUGUGGACAGUGUGGUGUUGGACGUGGAGCGUCUGGGUGUCAGUCAGGCAUCUGGCAGCCAGAGGGCGCCGCUGGGCGACAGCAACCAGCCGUCCAUCAGCCUGGAGCCGCUCAGCCCCCCCCACCCUGAGGCCACGCCCAGAACACCGGCUGACAUCACCAUCGCCGUGACCAGCGGCGGUCACUUCUUCAACAGGAGCUCCAUGUCUCCUCGCAGCGUCGUCUGUGAGAUGGAGCUGCCGGACAUUCAAGCCUCACUGGACCUCUACGAUGACAACAAGUCCUGAGGACUGUCGUCAUGGUCACAGCCCCCCACCACCACUACCACCUCUCCAUCUGCUGAUGGAGGGAGGAAGUGUUUUCUUUUGGGGCGGUAAUGGCAACCUGAAUGGACUAGUGAGCAGUGAUAUCAUUGGACUUUCUUCAGACUGAACAUGGUCUCUGGAGUCUGGAUCCUGGUCUGGAUCCUGGUCUCAGUUUAGAUUCAUUUGCUCGACACUCAUUUUUUAUUUUCCCCAGAAGCAAAACUGGAGAUACUGGAGCUGGUCGUCGGGUCAAAUCCUUAAAAAGACGUUUUCCCAAAAAAAACCCAGAGAACUGAAUUCAGCCCAGGAACCAGAACUUGAACUAGGUUCCUGUGGCCGAACUAGAGGUGAUGUUGUCGUUGACUUCCUAAAAAGGUUCCUGGGUCCCUGAAAAACUUCCAGAGUUCAUCAAAGGCUUCUGAACAAAGUUCAUGGGUUCCUAAACAGUUUUUCCAAAAUUCCCUGGAUUUUAAAGAGGUUCCAGAGCUCCUUGAAAUUCCCAGGUUUCUGGAAAAGUUCCAGAGAUCGUAAAGAUGGUUGUAAAGUGUGUGAGUUCCUAAAGAUUUUUUUGAUUUCCUUAAUGGUUUCCUGGAAAAGUCCCCAAGCUUCUAAGAAGGUUCCUUGAAACAUUUAUUGGAUCCUAAACAGGCUCUUGGGUUCUUUGAAAACUUUCUGAGUGGCUAAUAUGUACCUGGAAAACUUCUUCAGAUCCUGACAAUGUUCCUGGAAAAGUUCCUCAGGCCCUAAAAUCGUUCUUGGGUUCAUUGAAGCGGUUCAUAGAAUUUCUUAAAGAGGUUCUUGGGCUCUUAGGAAAUUUCCAAGUUCCUAAAGCCUUUCCUGGAGAAGUUCCUGAGUGUCUAAAAAGGUUCACGGAAAGGUUCUUGAAGUCUAAAAGGGUUCCUGUGUUCUUGGAAAAGCUUCCAAGCUCCUAGAAAGGGUCCCCAGGACUUCCUACAUGGGUCCCUGAAACAGUUCCUGAAGUUUUGAAAUGUUUGUUGUGUUCCUGGAGAAUACCUCGAGUAUCCCUCACCCAAACUUAAAUGGACCUGACAGCAGUUGGACCAGAGUCAGGGCAGACCCAAAGAACCCGAACCCAAGUUCCUGUCAGUGUUCCCUGUAACCUGGCCUCCUGUUUGGCUGACUGAUGAUUAGAUCACUGACACUUGUGGACUCCAGUUUGAAUCUGGACCUGGAUUAUAACUCGUCUGUAAAUACUGACAGAGCUGUUUAUAAUCAGACUGGAACCAUAACCAUUAGAGGACCUGGACCUGGACCUGGACUCUGAUCCUCUGGAAACAAUCAUGUGACCUUUAACAGUGUUACACCCCCCACCCUGACACCAUAGAAGAAACAUGUUUCUCUGUAGAACAAAGAGUCAUUAGAUUUAAAGGAACAGUCCAACAUUUCAGGGGACCUCCUGUUCUCUGUUCAGUACUGUGGAGUUCCUCAGGGAACUGUCCUGGAUCCUCUGAGUCCAGAUUUAAAGGAACAUUUACGAAACCAGAUUCAGUUGAACACAUGAAUUUUAGGUACAUUGGAGACAGGUCCAGGAUGUGGUUAGCCUAGCUUAGCACAAAGACUGGAAGCAGGGGGGAACUGUUAGCUUAGCUCCAUCAAAAGAACGGCAACUUCAAGUCUGUCUGCUUUUUACCUUACCAAGUAGUCAGCUGUGUUCAGCUGACAGGUGAGUCAACACAGGUGAGUCAACACAUCUGCAGGCAUCACAUCUGGGACCCACAGGUCUGAGAACCAGGUCACUUUUAAAACCUGGUCCAAAGUCAAACCUGAGUCUAGUCUUGUUUCCUCGUCUGUAUGAACAUGACUUGACUGAUGGAGAUAAACAGCUGAUGGAGCAGAUUCUCCAGUCGCUGCCAUUAAACCACAAAAGAAGAAGAGGUGAUAGUUUUCUGAAUCUCUGACAUGUUCAGAGAUUUUAUCUUCAGUUACUAAGACAGAAACAGAGAAAACUGAAAAUAUUUUGCCUUGAAGUUGACAUAAACAAUUAAUCAAUUAUCAAAAUAGUUCUCAAUUUCUGUCAGUUGAUCAAUCAGCUGACCUGCGCAGCUCAGUUUUACAUUAGUGGGUUCAGGUGGUGGACAACAAACCUGUCGGUUUUCUAUUGGUUCAAAUGAGGGUCAAAAAGAUUUAGAGCUUGUAAGUGAAAUAAUUCUAAAGUGUAUUGCUGUAAAUCGACCUGUAAAAUAAAUAAGUCAGGACACGUGUAGAAAAGAUUUGUACUGUGUGGCCUGUGUUAAUAAAGUUUGAAGGGAUGACAUCAGUGGUGAGGUCACAAGCAGAAACUGCUUGAGAUCUGUUUGUUUGAUUUACAGCUGCAAACUGUGUUCAUCACUUUAUGAGCUCAAAGUCUUUUUUUAUCCUAAUUUGAUCCCAUAGUUUUUUAUCUUUAUCAGGUUAACCCAUAUAACAUUUAAACCAGGACAUAUACUGUAUAUAGUUUAUAUAGUAUCUGGUUUAACAUUAAUUCAAUGAUCAAUCAUCACAAUAAACAUCAGUAAAAUCAGAUUGACUCAGCUUGUCAAGUCAUCAAUUUUUAUUUGUCUAGUGCCAAUUCACAACAUAAGUUAUCUCAAGGCACCUUCCAAAUACAGCAGGUCUAGACCUUCUCUUUAUAAUAUUAUUUACAGAAACCCAACAAUUCCCACCAAGAGCAGCACUAGACGGCAGUAGCAAGGACAGCCAGAGCAGAAACCUCGGGCAGAACCGGACUCAGGGUGGGUGGCCAUCUGCCUCGACCGCUUUGGUUGGAGGGAGAGAGAGAGAGAGAGCACAGAGGAAAAGAACGUGCAAUGAUAGCAAUAUUAAUAAUAGUGGCAGUAACAGCAAUAAUAAUGUAAUGGCAACUGUAAUACUAAUGAUAGCUUAUCACAUUAAUAAUGAUCAUUAUUUAUAGUAAAUUUUAGCAGGUUUAGCAGCAGUUGUUAAACAGGAUCAUGGGGCAGUAGCUGGUUUGUAGUUGCAGAUCCAGACUCCACAGCUCUGGAGGCAGGAGGAGCUGUGGAGAUGGAGAAGGGAGAGAGAGAGGCACACAGCCUGGGCAGUGAUCUCAUUGGCAGGACAACCUGGACUAUACUGUUAUACACUCACAGAAAGGGGCAGCAAAUCCCAGCAUUUAAUGUCCUGCUUCAGACCACUUAUCGGGGGCAGAAAAUUAGUUUUAUAAAGGUCUUUAUAAUUAUGUGUAAUCCAGAUAUCUGAACUUUUUCGUGUUAAUUUUAAAAGGGGUUGAACUGAAGGAAAGAUUUUUGGCUUAUGUAUUAAUUGGCAUCAACUCACUUUUUUGAAAGUUUAUCUUAUAACCUGAUAUUUUUCCAAAUUCCUUUAACAUGUCUAAUAGCCAAGCAAGACUAGACAAAUGGUCCGAAAGGUAUAACAGCAAAUCAUCUGCGUAUAGCGAGACCUUAUACUCCAGGUCUUCCCGGUCAAUUCCUUUAAUAUGCAUAUCCUGACAUAAAGACAGAGACAAAGGGGGGAAAGUAUUUCUCAGAAUGUCUUAUAAAACUCAGACAGAUAGCUGUCAGGCCCAGGUGAUUUGUUGCUCUGCAUGCUUCUGAUCAGAGAUUUCAUCAAUUGAAACAUUGCCAUCUAACAUCUAGGUGCAGAUAUUUUUUGGGGAUGUCAACAUUAUGAAAAAACUUAUCCAAGGCAGAUUCAUCUUCAGGUGGCUCUGAAGUGUAGAGGCAGGAGUAAUAAUGACGACCCAACCCCUGCUACAUAAGUGAACAUGGUGGCUACAAACCACUUUGUAAGCAAAACCACACAUUGAGUGAUGGUAAUGGGGAACUGCUUAGUGUCCAGGUUGACCUGCUCCCGCCCAGCCUCCCAUAGGAAAUAAGGGCAUCAGGCAAUAACAAUAUUCAAUAGUAUCAGUGGAGCCAUGUGGGGAGAUGAACAAAGGGAAAAAAAGAUUUUUUAAAAAGGAAGAAAAAAAAAAAAAAAGCAAAUAAUGAUAAUUAUUAUUAUUGUUAUUAUUAAUAUAAUUAGUUGUAUUAAUAAUAACAAUAAUUAUUAUUAUUAUAAUGAUAAUAAUAAAAAUGAGAAAAAAAGACAAAAACCCACAUGUAUACAUUAAGAAAUAAUAAAUAAUGUGCCCAUAUCUUGAGAUUCAAGGCACAUGGCAUUUUGAUAGAAAGAGUGUCAUGGCACAUCUAGAAUCAUGCCCACCUGAAACCAUCUAAAUCAGUCCAAACUAAAACCGUCCGACAAAUCACUUCGUUAAGAGAGUAUAUACACGAGGAUGAGAACUAGCACUUCUAAUGCAGAUAUGCACCUACCCUAUGAAGAGUAGAAGAAAAAAACAAAACAACCCACUCUCAAAUGUUAUACGAAGACAGUCAGCAAGUGAGUGAGUCCUUUGAAUAGAAUUGCCUCUCAAACUUUCAAAAUAGUGGCAUCCAUUCAGGAGAAAAAGAUAGUAGGCUUCAGGAUCAGAACGAGUCUGAGAAUUUAAAUUACUUUGCAGCCUCAGCUGCUGGAAUAGGGUUCUUAAUGUAAGCCAUUGCCUUUCUGGAUCCAGGAACUCCUUCUUGUCCCCAUUGUAAGAGACGCAGAGUCGGGCUGGGAAUAUUAUGCCGUAUCAGUCAUCCGGCUGGCCUCGGAGUAGGUUCCUGACAUCAUUGAAUGCAGCUCGAGCUUUGGCCACACUUGCGUUGUAGUCUGGAGGAUGGCUAUCGGUUCACCCUUAUAGCGGAGCGGGCAUUGUUCCCGGGCUCGGUGUAGUACAGCGACACAAUCCUGGUAGAAGUGAAGUUUAGCGAUGAUAGCCCGAGGUUUUCCACUUGCCUUUCAUGGUAUGAGGCCGAACUAGGUUCCUCUGCAACGCCCACGAUACGAAUGUUGCAUCUCCGCAUCCUACUUUAAACAUCCUAAUUUUUCUCCCUCAAAGUGGCCACCUCUGUCUUAAGUUCAGCCACUGUUGUCUGUAGCACCUUGACCUCACUCAACCAUGUUGACAGGCUUUCCUCCAUGUCGCUAAUGGUGGCCUUCAUAAUUUCGAUUUCAGUAUGAAUAGCCGCUGUGUUGUUUACAACUUUACACUUUACCUCUCUCAGUUCACUUUUCAGGAAGUUAAAAUCUUCUGCGAGUGCAUUCUUUAGCUCGGCCCUGACAGCCACAGAGAUGUCCGCUCUCAGGUUGUUGGCAUCCAUCCCUGACUCUGGCCGUGGGGAGAGUGAUUGGACACCGUGCUCUGUAGAAACUUGUCUCACAGAGGUGUCAGGCCUAGUACUUGAGGGAACGUUCUAUUUGUGUUUACGGAGCUUAGUCACCAUUGAAACAACGUGAAAACAGCUCCACUGACUCUUGUGUAUGUUAAAGGUUAUUACUGAUGAUAAAUUUGCAGAAAGUGUGCCCUGAAAAAAUAAUUUUAAAGAAGCUAGGCAGGAGCUCGACUUGACACGUCCUACUCCAAUGCUGGCUCACUAGUGCCCCCCAGCAGACAUCUUUUUAACUCUGGGAACAGACAGGAGCCCUAAAUUCUGGGGACGGAGAGCACGAGAUGGAGUAUAAGGUUUAAGCAGCUCAGACAGGUAUGAAGGAGCAAGUCCCUUUAGAACCUUAUAUGCCAUCAAAAGCACCUUAAAGGUUAAAAUCGGUGUAAUAUUGUAAAAUUUUCUGGGUUGGCAACAAUUCUAGCUGCAGCAUUCUGACUCAUUUGAAGACUUUUAAUAAAAGCACGUGGCAGGCCAGAAAACAAAACGUUACAGUAAUCAAGUCUAGAGUAAACAAAAGAAUUAAAAUUUCAGCAUCAGUCUUAGACAGAAGAGACCGAAUCCUAGCUAUGUUAUCUAUAUCUUUAAUGUGGUGAUCAAAGGGAGGGAAGAAUCAAAAGUGACUAUGUGUCUAUGACGGGUUGGGCCAAUGAACAGCAUCUCAGUUUUGUCUGAAUUUAGUAGCAAAAAAUUAUGAGACAUCCAGCUUUUCACAGCAGACAAGCAGACCUCUAAAUUUAUAAUCUGUGAGGAAUAAUAAGCCUUUAUAGGCACAUACAGCUGAGUAUCAUCAGCGUAACAAUGGAAAUUAAUUCCAUGACUGUGAACAAUUUGACCAAGAGGUGAAAUAUUGAGAAGCUUCUCUGACAAUAUGUCGAUAAAUGAUCCAGACUUCUAUUGAGUCCUCUUCCUGCUGGCUCUGAGGUCUGUAGGUGGACCCGGUCUGAGUCCAGGACCUCAGGUUUUGGUCAAGCAGCAGCUACUGACGUGUCUGGUCUUCCAGCAGAGGUUUUCCUGGAGUGACGGACUGCUCCUUUAAAGUGUAUUAAACAGCUUCUGAACUACUCAGCGUGUAAUAAUCAGAUAUUAACUGCAUUAUACAAUCUAUAACCUGAUCAAUAUUAUCUCUGAAGUGACCUGAACACGUCCUGAUGGAGCCUGAUGGAGUCUGUCUCUGUGUCACAUAGUACUGACAGAGAUGAAGAUGAUGGUGAAGUGAUAGAGGAUGUGUGUGAUGCUUUCAGUUCAGUCUCUUUACUGCCUCAGCAUUAAAUGUCAAAGUGUCAUUAAAUGUAAUUAAUGUAAUUAAACUGUCAUUAUUGCCUUUAA